CUUGCGAUAUGAGAUGUUACAUAAAGCGUUUUUAAAAUAUGACGCUUCAUUUUUGUGCAAACUCUUUUUCUCUUUCUACUGUUAACAUUAUAUUGUGAAAUAAUAAUAUAUAAGCUCUUCUUCAAUGAAAUAAGUAGUCAAAAAUGGUGUACUUCGUGAUUGGUUUCAUUCAGAUUAUAUUAGCGUUAGGUACUUUAUUUAUUUUAUUUUAUUUUUAUUUGACAAAGCACUUCAACUUCUGGGAAACAUACAAAGUGAAGGGACCAAAACCUCUACCGAUUUGUGGUAACUUUAAAGAUGUUUUUCUGGGUAAAUCACACAUCGGUCUUCUAUUAAAAAGAUACUACGAUGAUUAUAGCAAUGAACCUUAUAUCGGAGUUUAUGAAGGAGAUUCUCCUUUGCUUAUCUUAAGAGAUCCAGAAAUAAUUAAAGAUGUACUUAUCAAAGAUUUUAAUUAUUUUCCUAAUCGUGCUAUUUAUACUAAUCAUGAAAAAGACCCAUGGGCACUCAAUCUACUCAAUUUAGAAUAUAAAAACUGGCGACCACUUAGGAAAUACCUUUCUUCUGCCUUUACUGAUGUCAAGUUGAAAAAUAUGUUUUAUUUACUUUCCGAGAGUGCAAAAAAUUUUGAAAUAUAUGCAGAAAAUGUUGUCAAGAAAGGUGAACCGAUAGAAUGUCGAAAAUUUUCUUCCAUAUACACAACUAAUACAAUCAGUGUGUGUGCGUUUGGAUUGGAUACUACUACAUCGGAAAACGAAACUAAUCGGUUUCAGCAAUUUGGACAAGAGUAUCUUGAUUGUGACUUUAAAAACGCGACAAGGCGAUUAAUGCGCGAAUACUUUCCUGGAUUUUAUUUUCUUCUAGAACCUUUAAUACGUAGCGAUAAUACAAAAUUUUUGAUGAAUUCUCUACAAGAAACAAUAGAAUACAGAAGUAAAAUGAAUAUUAAAAGAAACGAUUUUGUCGAUUUACUUAUUGAUUUGAGAAAUCAUCCGGAAAAACUAAAUGAUAUUGAAAUAAGUGAUUUGCUAUUGACGUCUCAAGCGUUUAUAUUUUUUAUUGCUGGAUAUGAAACGUCUGCUGCAUCGAUGAGUAAUCUAAUGUAUGAGUUAGCGUUGAAUCCACAGUAUCAAUCAAAAUUACGACAAGAAAUUACUAAAACUCUAGCAACUGAUGGAGAAUUUACUUACGAUAACCUUAAGUCAAUGAAGUAUUUAGAUAAAUUAAAUAAAGAAUCACUUAGGAAAUAUCCUCCAGGAACUCAUAAUCGGAGAAUUUCAGUUGCUCCAUAUACUUUCGCCAGUACAAAUUUAACAAUUCCCGAAAAUACCAAAGUCAUUGUUCCCGUAUGGGCCAUUCACCGCGAUCCCGCUAUAUACCCUGAUCCUGAAGUUUUUGACCCAGAAAGAUUUAAUGAAGAGAAUGAAGAAAGUAGGCAUCCUAUGCAUUACAUACCAUUCAGCCACGGACCGCAUAAUUGUAUAGGAUUACGUUUUGCUGAUAUACAAAUAAAAUUAGGAAUAGCUAUGCUGCUCAGCAAGUUUAAGUUUGAACUUUGUGAUAAAACUUGUAAAACAUAUGAAAUACAUCCAAGGUCUGUCAUUCCAAUGACUAAAGAUGAUUAUAUUAUAAAAAUCUAUGUGUUGGAAAUUUAUUAUUAAUUAUAAAUAAGUUAGUAAAGGGUUUUAAGUGUGCAACAUUACAAAAAAAUGAAUAAAACUAAAUCAUAUAUAAAUCUGA